AUGACAUCCACCAUCCUUGGCUUCCAGCCACGAGAGGGUCUCACCACCAAUCUCAUUACCGCAGUUGCACUCAUCUGCUUGGGGUCGCUCCAGUUUGGCUACCAUAUGGCUGAAUUGAACGCUCCUGAGUCUAUCAUCUCGUGUCGUGAGUCCAAGCCAGGCCACAUCAGCUACGAUGACUCAUGGUUUGGACGCCAUGGGUUCGAAAAGUGUAUUCCCUUGACCACCGAGCAAUUGGGCUUGGUUACGUCCAUUUUCAGUAUUGGUGGAUUGAUUGGAUCGUUCUACGUGGGCUCAAUUGCUGACAGAAUCGGUAGAAAGAAGACGAGUUUGUUGCACAACGCGUUGUACUUCAUUGGCUCCGGGAUCAAUGGGUUGAAUAAUGGCCACUACACCUUUUUGUUGGGGAGAUUCAUCGCGGGUUUGGGUGCUGGGUCUGCCAUUGUGCUUACGUCGUUGAUGAUCAACGAGAUCUCUCCACCCCAACUCAAGGGCUUGUUGGGCUCAAUGAACCAGGUCUCCAUCAAUGUGGGGAUCUUGGUCACCCAGCUACUCUCGUUGAUAUGGACUAACGACAACAGCUGGAGACUCUUAUUAUUAACUGCCUCUGCCAUUGGGUUCGUCAACUUUGUUUUGAUCUUCUUAUUUGUGGAGGAGUCUCCGUUCUGGCUCGCCAAUAACGGAUAUCGUACCAAAGCCAUUGAAGUGUUGUACCAUCUUAGAGGUGGUGACUACAAUAGUGCCAAAAAUGAAGUGCUUAGCUGGACUAAGCAUGGCCAACUCGCAGACUCUGGGCCAGGAUUGAGCGACCACGGAAGUUUAUUGGAAGAUGAAAGUGAAGAUGAACCCAGGCCUCAACAGGCAGCAACUUCGGUGAACUUGGAAACAUACUUGAAGUCCUCGGAAUACAACAAAUCAAAAUUGGUAGCUACUGGUAUUUUGGUGUUCCAACAGUUUGAUGGUAUCAAUUCCAUCAUUUUCUACGGAGUUUCAGUUUUGGUUUCCAUCUUCCCAAAUUCCGCCAUUAUCAUCAACUGUUUGAUUUCAACCGUGAACUUGGUGGUCACCUUUGCUUCCGCUACACUUGUCGAUCGUUUGGGCCGUAAGCCCUUGCUUUUAACUUCAGUGACCUUCCUUGGUAUCCUGACAGCAUUGAUGGGAUUUGGAAUCAUUCUUACUAGCUCUAUUCUCUCGAUCGUUGGGACUUUCACAUACAUAACCUUCUUUGCUAUUGGAUUGGGUCCCAUCCCAUUCUUGUUGGUAGGUGAAGUGACUCAACCCAAGGCAAAGGCACUGGCACAAAGUUGGGGUACCACAAUGAAUUGGUUAGCUACAUUCAUUGUGGGUUAUAGUUUCCCUAUCUUGAAGAACUCCUGGAUCGGAGGAGGUGUAUACUUCAUCUUCACUUUUAUGUGUGCCUUGAGUUAUUGGUUCAUCAGCAGCCAGAUUCCUGAAACUAAGGGCCGUGACACUUACGAGGAAGUUUGGGGAUUGCCCAGAAUCGAGUAA